UAUCCCUUCUCUUCUCUUUCCACUUAUACUCUUCAAGCUCUCUCUCUCUCUCUCUCUCUCUCUCUCUCUCUCUCUCUCUCUCUCUUUUCAAUUCUCCAUUGAAAGAAGAAGGAAGAAAAAGGGGAACUCAAGGACAGAGAAAAGACAUACAAAGCUAGCUGUAUCCUUACGACCUUCAACAAGCUUCCUGUGGCCAUGAAUGUGAUACUGGCGGCGGUCUUGGUCAGUUCUCUGCUUGUUUCGGUGAUUGCUUCUGUGUCCUAUGAUCACAAAGCUAUCACCAUUAAUGGGAAGAGAAGGAUCCUCCUCUCUGGAUCCAUUCACUACCCGAGAAGCACACCUGAGAUGUGGCCGGAUCUUAUACAGAAGGCGAAGGAGGGAGGACUAGAUGUGAUUCAGACUUACGUUUUUUGGAAUGGGCAUGAGCCUUCACCUGGCAAAUACUACUUUGGAGGAAACUAUGAUCUGGUUAGAUUCAUUAAGCUGGUGAAGCAAGCAGGCCUCUAUGUUCAUCUCAGGAUUGGUCCAUAUGUUUGUGCCGAGUGGAACUUUGGGGGUUUUCCUGUUUGGCUUAAGUACAUUCCAGGCAUCGCUUUCAGAACGAACAAUGGACCUUUCAAGGCAUACAUGCAAAGAUUUACAAAGAAAAUUGUUGAUAUGAUGAAAGCUGAAGGGUUGUUUGAAUCUCAAGGGGGUCCAAUAAUUUUAUCCCAGAUUGAAAAUGAAUAUGGACCCAUGGAGUACGAACUUGGUGCAGCCGGGCGUGCUUACAGCCAAUGGGCAGCUCAGAUGGCUGUGGGACUCGGUACUGGUGUCCCGUGGGUCAUGUGCAAGCAAGAUGAUGCACCUGAUCCUAUUAUUAACAGCUGCAAUGGUUUCUACUGUGAUUACUUUUCUCCAAACAAAGCAUACAAGCCCAAGAUGUGGACUGAAGCUUGGACUGGUUGGUUUACUGAGUUUGGAGGUGCAGUUCCUUACCGACCAGUGGAAGACUUGGCAUUUUCAGUUGCAAGGUUUAUCCAGAAGGGAGGGUCGUUCAUUAACUAUUAUAUGUAUCAUGGAGGAACAAAUUUUGGCCGCACUGCUGGUGGCCCCUUCAUUGCCACUAGCUAUGAUUAUGAUGCUCCUCUUGAUGAAUAUGGACUGGUGAGGCAACCUAAAUGGGGUCAUUUGAAAGAUUUACAUCGAGCAAUAAAACUGUGUGAACCAGCACUGGUGUCUGGUGAUCCUUCUGUCAUGCCACUUGGACGCUUUCAAGAGGCUCAUGUCUUCAAAUCAAAAUAUGGGCAUUGUGCUGCAUUCCUUGCAAAUUACAAUCCAAGAUCUUUUGCUAAAGUUGCCUUUGGGAAUAUGCAUUACAACCUGCCUCCUUGGUCUAUCAGCAUUCUUCCCGACUGUAAAAACACUGUUUAUAACACUGCAAGGGUUGGUGCUCAAAGUGCUAGGAUGAAGAUGGUUCCUGUUCCUAUUCAUGGAGCAUUCUCUUGGCAGGCUUAUAAUGAAGAGGCACCUUCCUCAAAUGGUGAAAGGUCAUUCACGACGGUAGGAUUGGUGGAACAGAUAAAUACAACUAGAGAUGUCUCUGACUAUUUAUGGUACUCAACGGAUGUUAAGAUUGAUCCUGAUGAAGGAUUCUUGAAGACUGGAAAGUACCCCACACUCACUGUUUUAUCUGCUGGUCAUGCUUUACAUGUAUUUGUCAACGACCAACUAUCAGGAACUGCCUAUGGAAGCUUAGAAUUUCCAAAGAUAACUUUCAGUAAAGGUGUAAAUCUGAGAGCUGGCAUCAACAAGAUUUCAAUUCUAAGCAUUGCUGUUGGUCUUCCGAACGUCGGUCCUCAUUUUGAGACAUGGAAUGCUGGAGUUCUUGGUCCUGUAACAUUGAAUGGUCUUAACGAGGGAAGAAGGGACUUAUCAUGGCAGAAAUGGUCUUACAAGGUUGGUGUUGAAGGAGAAGCAAUGAGUCUUCAUUCACUCAGUGGGAGUUCCUCAGUUGAGUGGACUGCAGGGUCUUUUGUAGCAAGAAGGCAGCCCCUUACUUGGUUCAAAACUACUUUCAAUGCUCCGGCUGGAAAUUCUCCAUUGGCUCUGGAUAUGAAUAGUAUGGGUAAAGGACAAAUAUGGAUAAAUGGAAAGAGUAUCGGGCGGCACUGGCCUGCAUAUAAAGCAUCUGGUUCUUGUGGUUGGUGUGAUUAUGCUGGAACAUUUAAUGAGAAGAAGUGCUUAAGUAAUUGUGGAGAGGCUUCUCAAAGAUGGUAUCACGUUCCUCGCUCAUGGCUCAACCCAACAGGGAAUUUGUUGGUUGUUUUUGAAGAAUGGGGUGGAGAUCCUAAUGGAAUAUCCUUGGUUAGAAGAGAAGUAGACAGUGUUUGUGCUGAUAUUUAUGAGUGGCAACCAACUCUGAUGAAUUAUCAAAUGCAAGCAUCUGGAAAGGUAAACAAACCACUGCGGCCUAAAGCUCAUCUACAGUGUGGCCCUGGGCAGAAGAUCUCAUCAGUGAAGUUUGCCAGUUUUGGCACUCCAGAAGGGGCUUGUGGAAGCUACCGGGAGGGAAGCUGCCAUGCACAUCAUUCUUAUGAUGCUUUUGAGAGGCUCUGUGUUGGGCAGAACUGGUGCUCAGUAACAGUAGCACCCGAAAUGUUCGGUGGAGAUCCCUGCCCCAGUGUCAUGAAGAAACUCGCGGUGGAGGUUGUUUGCAGCUGAAGAACUGUAACAUCAGAAAAGUGAUGGAAGUGAAGGAAAUUGUGGACUGAUUCUUUUUUUUACAAGUCAUCAGUUAUAUUAUUUCUUGGAUAAAUUAAGUCUACACAUCGAAGUUUGCAGCCAUUCUGUUCCAGCUUUCAAAUGGUGAAGUUGUACAAAUAUACAGCACACACCAUGGAUGGCUGGCAUCUCUUACAAGCAUUGUCAAAGUGUUUGUCCAUUGGAAAAAUGUACAUAAAGCAAUGAUUCGUUGCCUGCAUGUUAUAUGGAAGUUUAAGGAUGGAAUCUGUCGAAGCACAGUGAGACGGCGGUAACCCAGUCCAUGUGCCAGAUAUUUUAGCUUUUAUAGGGGAUGGAAAUCCUCUGAUUUCUAGUCAUUUUAAGUGGUACAUUCUCUUUCAAGUUUCUUGAGAAGCAAAAUUGUUUACACUGCUUUGUUCUUGCAAGAAAAAAGGAACAAAGGCCUCAAAUGGCCAUAAUAUAUUUACUCUUUUUAGUUCAGUUGC